AUGACUUAUGACAAAGAUAUUGUGGAAAUAUUUGCCUCAUCCAGAGAUCCGAAAGAGCUGGAAUAUUACUGGUUGGAAUUUAGGAAAGAAACUGGUGAAAAGUACAAAGAUUUGUUCUUAAAGUCAAUAAAAGAAGAUAAUAAGGAGGCAAAAGACUUCGGUUACAAAAACAAAGCGGAGCAUAACGUAGCUAAGUAUGAAGACAAAGAAUUUUUACAAAAUAUGGCUAAAGAGAUGGAGAAGAUUCUGCCAUUGUAUAAGCAAAUACAUGCAUAUGUAAGGAAGAAAUUAAGGGAUUUUUAUAAAAAUGAAGAUAUCCCGAAAGAUGGGCCUAUUCCAGCUCACCUUCUAGGUAAUAUGUAUGGCCAAAAUUGGGUUAACAUUUUCCCUAUUGUUAAACCCUAUCCAAAAAGCGGUGGGCUACCGAAUGUUACCAAAGCUAUGCUCAGAAAGAAAAUGGAUCCACUUGAUUUGUUUAUCAUGGCAGAGCGAUUUUUUGCAUCCAUCGGAUUAAAAAAAAUGACACCUUAUUUUUGGAGAAGAUCUGUAAUAACGAAAUUGGACGGACGAGAAAUGGAUUGUCACGCUUCUGCGCAUGACUUCUUCGAUGGGAAAAAUUUUAGGAUCAAAAUGUGUACUCAAGUGAAUUCCGAAAAUCUAGAAGUAAUCCAUCAUGAAAUGGGUCACAUAGAAUAUUACAUGCAUUAUAGCCAUCUGCCACUUGUGUUCCGUAGUUCUGCAAAUCCAGGGUUCCACGAGGCUAUUGGGGAUGCCAUAUCUUUGUCUGUCUUGACUCCAAGUUAUUUCAGGCAAGUUGGUCUUUUGAAAAAAAGUGAAAUUAAGAAAGAUGAAAAAUUUACUAUCAAUUAUUUGAUGGAAAUAGCUCUGAUAUAUGCAGUGACCCCUAGUUAUGCAUACAUUAUAGAUUAUUGGAGAAAUCAAGUUUAUAAUGGAACUAUUAAGAUUAAGGAGUUAAAUAAAAUGUAUUGGAAAUAUAGGUUGAGAUAUCAGGGAUUGUGUCCACCUUCCAAAAGAACUGAGAAGAAUUUCGACAUUGGUGCUAAAUACCAUAUUCCAACUGGAGUAGAAUACUUCAGAUACUUUGUAGCGAACAUAGUGCAAUUUCAAAUUCACAAAAUUCUGUGCAAGGAAGCAGGUCACAACGGGCCUCUGCAUGAAUGUAAUAUUUACAAGAACAAGAAAGCUGGUAAAGUAUUUGCGUAA